GGGAGGGGGAGGUGAGGGGGCGGGGCGGGCCCUGCACGUGACCAGGAGGGCUGCCGCUCGCGCCGCGCUCAGGGUUAAAAUGCUAGUUGGAACUGGAAGCACCAGGCUGCAAAUAGAAGUAUACGGACACCUUUGAACUGGAGGAGAGGGGGUGACUGCACCCCUCCAACAGGAUGUGGCUGGGGAAAAGUGCCUUGGAGAUUUCGUAGCAUAGUCGGUGAAGGAAUGCUUCAGGGCAGGGGCCUGUAGGGGCUGUCUGGUCUGCUUGGAUUUCUUGGUAGAAGCUUUGUUUCGUUGAACAUCUCAUUUCUGUGAUAAGGAAAUUUAAAGCUGUUACCUCCUCUGCUUAAGACGUUCUAGAGACCCCUAGGCCUGUGAAGAAGAAAGCAUCCGGCGCACCUUUCCUCAAGCUCAGCAUGACUAUUGUGAACAGCUAAAAGAAAGGCUGCCAAGCCUCUUCCCAUUGGAUUGGUGAAGUCAAGGGAGGGAAAGCCUGCCAUUGCUACUGGAAAGGGAGAUGGCUGAACAGGUUUUAGUGGAGAUGAAAACUCAUAUGAGGACUAUGAGGCAGAUUUAAGGCAAGCCAAAGUAAAUGGCCACCUCUGCCUUAGCAGGAGCCAAGGCAGUCUCUUGGUGGAAUUAUUUUUUUCUUUACGAUGGCUCAAAGGUAAAGGAAGAAGGAGACCCAACAAGAGCCGGCAUUUGCUAUUUCUAUCCUUCUCAGACUGCGCUUGAUCAGCAGGAGUUCCUCUGUGGACAGAUUGCUGGAGUUGUCCGCUGUAUUUCUGAAAUUUCCGGGUCUCCUCCCAGUCUUGUUCGUCUAAGGAAAUUAAAAUUUGCCAUAAAGGUUGAUGGAGAUUACCUUUGGGUCCUGGGCUGCACAGUAGAGCUCCCCGAUGUCAGAUGCAAGGAAUUCCUGGAUCAGCUGAUUGGAUUCUUUCGUUUUUAUAAUGGACCCGUUUCUCUGGCUUACAAGACUCAUCCUCAGGAAGAGCUGAACAGAGAGUGGGACAGUUUCGUCGACUAUCUUCUGAAAAACACCAGUGAGCUGCACAAAAUAUUCAAUUCCCUUUGGAAUUUGGAUAAAACUAAGGUGGAGCCCCUCCUCUUACUAAAAGCUGCUCUCAUUCUGCAAACCUGCCAGCGAUAUCCUCACAUUCUGGCUGGCUGCAUCCUCUAUCAGGGACUGAUUGUUAGUACCCAGCUGCCACCUUCCCUCACUGCCAAGGUCCUUCUCCAUCAAGCAUCAUCUCCUAACAAGAGUCUAUCUGCAGGAGGGGCUGCCCUUCAGGAAUGCGGAUCUGCACUGCCAGCAAAUGUCCACAUCACCCCAGUUUUCCUAACAGAAGAUGAAGCUGUUAGCCUUCGUGAUUUCCCAAUAGAAUGGAUGGCCAGGUCUCCCACAUCUUCGGCCAAAUGCAAAGAGAAAUAUGAGCCACCUGCUGCAAGGUGCUGUAGCUCCCUGGGAUCUGAAGACGUCUACCCUGUGAAUGAGGAUUACCUGGCCUGUAAACUGGCAGCAGCCCUGGGGAGUGACUCAGUUUGUCCAAAUGGCCCCAUAGAAGCAUGUGAAGAGGCAGGACAUUUGCUUGUCCAUAGCUCAGAGAGUGUCAGACCACCAAGAUUACAAAGCCCUGCUAAAAGCCCAGGACCGGGACUCAGCGCUAGGCCUGGCGAGGAGCCCACUCUGAGCUCCUCCUCUACACUCCCCAUUCUGGGAGGUAAUGAAACAGAGACAUCUUCAACGCAUUUCGACUUCCCACCUGUUUGUGCCUCUAAUGGUGGGAAUCCAUGCCAGGAGAAUGCUGGUAGUCUGGACUCAGCCCCAGCAGAACCCUGGUCCUUAGCUGGAUCCCCCGGCAGUCUCACAUGCUGUCCUCCUGAGGGGCUCCCACAAACCCCUGUGGAAGGACUCUGUGGAGCAGGUCACUUCCCCGACGGGCCAAGCGGACCAUUGUCGUCGUCUCUCUCGGGCUCUGAGCACAUAAGCCAGAUCGUCUCCACCGAAGCACAGGGUUCUGGCCAGUCUUUGGUCGGGGGCGCCCCACAUAAGUCAGCCCGUGGUCUGGAAGGCCAUGCUGUCUCACUGGGGUCUGCAGAUAGAACCAGCUUGAGCUUCCCUGGGACAGACUGUCAGUCCGUGCUCGUGAAGAUGCACCUCUACACGCACAGUGUGAAGGGGCUGGUUCUGUCCCUGCUGGCUGAAGAGCCGCUGCUCCAAAAUGGGGCAGUCAUCGAGGACGUGUAUCACAGUAGCCUGGCAUCAUUGAAUGGUCUGGAGGUUCAUCUGAAGGAGACGCUGCCCGAGGAGGAGCCCGCCACAGCACGAGCUACAUACAACUUUCUGCACUAUGACAGUGUUCAGAAUGUGCUCACUGCCAACCUGCCACAAGCACCCACUUCCCAGGACCGACACCUUCUCCGAGCGGUCCGUCUGAUUCAUUCGGACUUCAUCCAGAUGCCAACUUUGUAUGAGAUGACUGUCAGGAAUGCCUCCACAGCAGUGUACGCCUGUUGCAACCCUGUCCAAGAAACCUAUUUCCAGCAGACAGCCUCCUCCGCUCGGAGCUCUGGUUUCCCCAGCCCCCAGGAUGGCGCCUUCACCCUUCCAGGAAAGGCCAAGCAGAAGCUGCUGAAGCAUGGGGUGAACUUACUUUGAGUGGGAUGGAUGUGGGGCCUUCCAGGGCCAGAGAGGCCAAGCUCCAGGCAUCUUCUCUAAAGCCCUGCCCUACCCUGUCCUUAGGAAAUAUGCAGGUGUUUAGGGUUCUGGGGAGAUGUGAGAGAUAAGCCUUUCUUUUUGUUGAGCACAUUUUUUAGGGGGCUGGGGUGGUGGUGGGAACAUUCCCUUGAGACCAGCAGGUCCAGAGCACUGGAAGGCGCUUCCCUGUAUUUGUCAGGGUAGAGUCAGUCACCAAAGAGUUACAGGAAGAGGCUGCCUGUUCUGCCAGGCUCGGAAGAUACUGUUUGCCAUUUGCUGCUACUGUCCUCUGUCUGGUUUUAAUUAUUCUCUUGCGGGUGUAUUUUACCCUCCUCUUUGUGCCCUACUAUCAGUGAAAGCUUCAUAUCACUUAUUGGGUGUGAUGAUUUAUUUUUAACAGUUGGGCUAAUACGUAUACCUCCAGAUAGGGUGAUCACUUUAGAGUUGUCUCCUUAGGACACUACACACUCGUUCCAGAGAAGUUGCUGUUGCUUAGGAUAUUUUGGGGACUUCUCUAUGGGAUAGCUUUCAGAGCCUGCAGCAUAUUCUUUUGAGGUUCCUCAGUAGGGGCAAGUUCUUGUAUUACAAGGACACAAAUUUGAUUUGGAGCUGCUGCUGAAGAGUAAGGUGGGCGAUCAAGCUGGGUAGUGCCGACUCUGGUAGAAAACAGCCAUGAAACAGGACCAUGAAGUUACAGAUCCUGCUGGUUUUCUCAGGUGCCUAUGUUACAAACAGGUUCUGAAAGCUCCCCAUCCCCCAAAGCCCCAAACAUUUGGCACAAGGCAGUAUUAUUAAGUGUGGAGCCUCACCUUCAUGAAGGGGCCAGGUGUCUCAUCAGAGGAACAAAACAGCUACCAAAGACAAAGCUCCAUCUCUUCCAGCAAUAUUUGGAAUUCCUCCUUGUUAAUUGAGGCGUGAAGGAUUGUGAGGCCAUGAAGCCAUGCCUUAACUUUGAGGAGGUCAUGUGUGUUCUUAUUUAUAAACAAAUUUCUGCACCUAUUCUCAGUAGGCAGUUUAAAAUGUUACUACAUCCCUGACCCUAAACACGAACUCUCUAAUUAACAGUUUAUGAAUCGACUUGUGUCAGUAAACGUGUCUUGUGGACACUUUUUCUU